UAAAAUGCGCCCGUUCCGAGCGCCGAAAUUAAGGAACAAAAUUAAACCUAACAUAUCCGCUUCCCCGGCCUCCUCCUCGCCGGCCAGCGCGGCGAGCGCACGCGUCACCGCCGCGCCCGAUCCGGACAGCUCCAUGCACCCAUUCUGCUGCGUGCCAGCCCCUGUGUCCGUCUCCCCCGCCGCCUCAGUCGCUAACUCCUCCGCCGCUGCGGCGGCGGCCGCGUCCUCCGCGGCGGCGGGGCUCCCCGCCGUGGUGCCGCCGUCGCCGCCGCCGCCACCGCCCAUGCCGCCCCCUUCCACGCGCAGCACCUCGUCUGGUGGCGAGCGGCGGGCGCGCGUGCCGGGCGUUGGCGGAGGCGGCUCCUCCUCGCCGCCGGAGGGGGUGAAGCUGAACGAGAUCGUCGGCGGCGGCAUCUCCGGGGUCCUCUACAAGUGGGUCAACUACGGUCGCGGGUGGCGGCCACGGUGGUUCGCGCUCCACGACGGCGUGCUCUCCUACUAUAAGAUCCACGGGCCCGACCGCAUCGUCCUCUCCCGCGAUACCGAGCGGGGCGCCAAGGUCAUCGGCGAGGACUCCCUCCGCCGCCUCUCCCGCCCCUCAACUUCCUCCUCGUCCUCCCACUCCAACGGCCACCACCCACCACGCAAGCCCCUCGGAGAAAUCCACCUCAAGGUGUCGACCGUGAGAGAAAGCAGAUCAGACGACAAGAGGUUCUCGAUCUUCUCGGGGACGAAGAGGCUGCACCUGCGGGCGGAGACAAGGGAGGACAGGGCGGCGUGGCUGGAGGCGCUGCGGGCCACUAAAGAGAUGUUCCCGAGGAUGUCCACAAGCGAGAUGGUGGGGCCAGGUGACACCGCGGCGGCCGUGGCGGUCUCAACAGAGCGCCUAAGGCAGCGGCUGCAGCAGGAAGGGGUCAGCGAGACGGCCAUUGCUGACAGCGAGAGGAUCGUGCGCGCCGAGUUCGAGGCACUACACAAGCAGCUUGUGCUUCUCAAGCAGAAGCAGGCGUUCCUCCUUGACACCCUCCGCCAUCUAGAGACAGAAAAGGUUGAUUUGGAGAAUACCCUUGUCGAUGAGAGCCAAAGACAGUCAAAAGAGUAUGGAUCUGCUUCUAGACCAAAGAACGAGAAGUAUAGUGAAGGAAGUGCUAGUGAAUCUGAUGAUUAUAAUGAACCACAAGAUCCUGCUGAAGAAGAGACCGAUGAUGAAGAGAACAUUUAUUUUGAUACAACCGAUUUUCUUUCUUCUAGCUCUUUUAAAAGCAGUGGAUCUGAUUUCCAAAGAUCUGAAGCCGGUUCGGAUAAUGAGGAUGAUUAUCCGAUGGAUGGAAUUGAUCCUUCUAUGAAGUCUGUUGGAAUUAAUUAUCCAUAUGUAAGAAGGCGUAAGAAGCUGCCAGAUCCAGUUGAGAAAGAGAAGGGUGUGAGCUUGUGGUCAAUGAUCAAGGACAACAUAGGAAAGGAUCUCACCAAAGUUUGCCUGCCUGUUUACUUCAACGAACCUCUUUCAUCAUUGCAAAAAUGUUUUGAGGAUCUUGAGUAUUCCUAUCUUAUUGAUCGCGCAUAUGAAUGGGGAAAAAGGGGCAAUAGUCUUAUGAGGAUUCUAAGUGUAGCAGCAUUUGCUGUUUCUGGUUAUGCCUCUACGGAUGGAAGAAGCUGUAAGCCCUUCAACCCCCUUCUUGGGGAGACCUAUGAAGCAGAUUAUCCAGAUAAAGGCCUCCGUUUUUUCUCAGAGAAGGUCAGUCAUCAUCCUAUGGUUGUUGCAUGCCAUUGUGAGGGAACUGGCUGGAGGUUUUGGGCAGAUAGCAACCUAAAGAGCAAGUUCUGGGGUCGCUCCAUUCAACUUGAUCCCGUUGGGAUGUUAACAUUGGAGUUUGAUGAUGGCGAAGUUUUCCAGUGGAGCAAGGUGACCACUUCCAUUUACAAUCUUAUACUGGGCAAACUGUAUUGUGACCACUAUGGUACUAUGCGUAUUCAAGGUAACCGUGAAUAUUCAUGUAAGUUGAAGUUCAAGGAGCAGUCAAUUAUUGAUCGCAACCCUCAUCAGGUCCAAGGGGUUAUUCAGGACCGAAGUGGCCGAACUGUUGCCACACUCUUUGGGAAGUGGGAUGAAAGCAUGCACUAUGUAAUGGGUGAUUGCUUUGGAAAAGGCAAGGGGUCUGAAAAUUUCUCAGAGGCCCACUUGUUGUGGAAAAGGAGCAAACCACCUAAGUUUCCCACUCGAUACAAUUUCACUAGCUUUGCAAUCACAUUAAAUGAGCUUACUGCUGGAUUGAAGCAGGAAAAGCUGCCACCAACUGACUCAAGAUUGCGACCGGACCAGAGGUGUCUAGAGAAUGGUGAAUAUGAAAGAGCAAAUGCUGAGAAGUUGAGGCUCGAGCAGAGACAACGGCAGGCACGGAAGAUGCAGGAGAGUGGGUGGAAACCUCGGUGGUUUGCUAAGGAUAAAGGUACGGACACAUACCGUUACGUUGGUGGAUACUGGGAAUCCAGAGAAAAUAGCUGCUGGGACGGCUGCCCUGACAUCUUCGGACAACUUCCUAACGAUCUAAUGAUAACUGACUAGGUUCAAGUAGGUUACAGGUCUUCUCCUUCUCUGCUUUUUUCUUCUUUUGGCAUCCGUUGGUUCCAUACUUUUAGAGGUUUAUAUUAUACUAGAGCAAUUAAAUGCCUUUUGGCCUGCAAGCAAAGGCUCCCUUCAAGGUACAUUGUUUUGUGGUACAUAAUAAGAGUGUUUCGGCCAAAUGUCACUCUGAUUCAAUGUUUUCUUGUGAGGGUUUCAUUCUCACAAGUUUAGAGUGGUGUUAUAUAGGCAAUUUAUGUAUAUUGGAUAUGUAACACGCGUUGAAGCGCCAAAAAGUAUUAAAGCAAGCAUCAUAAUGGUAUUGCCCUAAAAUCA